AACCGCAGUCAGGAUGGGCAGAACCCACAGUCAGUCGGGAUGGGCAGAAUCCACAGUCAGUCGAGAUGGGCAGAACCCGCAGUCGGGAUGGGCAGAACCCACAGUCAGGAUGGACAGAACCCACAGUCGGGAUGGACAGAACCCACAGUCGGGAUGAGCAGAACCCACAGUCGGGAUGGGCAGAACCCGCAGUCGGGAUGGGCAGAACCCGCAGUCUGGAUGGACAGAACCCACAGUCGGGAUGGACAGAACCCACAGUUGGGAUGGACAGAACCUGCUCACCCUACUGUCUCCCCAGCCCUGUCCCAGCUGUGUACCAAGGACAAGGUGAGCACCUGUCAGGACUGCAUCCAGUCAGGGCCUGGCUGCGCCUGGUGCCAGAAGCUGAACUUCACAGGCCAAGGGGAGCCAGAGUCCGUUCGCUGUGAUACUCCAGGGCAACUGUUGCUAAAGGGCUGCACAUCUGAGUACCUCGUGGACCCCAAGAGCCUCGCUGAACCCCAGGAGGACAAGGACAGGGACCAGAAGCAGCUGUCCCCACAAAAUGUGACACUUUACUUGAGACCAGGUCAAGCGGCAGCAUUCAGAGUGAGCGUCCAGUGGACCCAGGACAGCUCUGUUGAUCUGUACUUCCUGAUGGCCCUCUCUGGCUUCACACAAGGCCAUCUUUCCAAGGUCCAGACACUGGGCAGUGACCUGCUCCAAGCCCUCAAUGAGAUCACCAGAUCAGGCCAUAUUGGCUUUGGAUCCAUCAGGAACAUGACCUUCCAGCACAUCCUGAAGCUGACUGAUGACUCCAGCCAGUUUCAGAAGGAGCUGGGGAAGCAACUGGUUUCUGGACACCUGGAUACCUCCAAGGGACAGCUGGAUGCUAUGAUGCAAGUCACCACGUGCCUGGGAGAAAUCGGCUGGCGCAAUGGAGCACGGUUUCUGGUGUUCGCCACUGACAACGAUUUCCACUUUGCUAAAGACAAGAAUUCAAGUACCAGACAGAACCUCAGUGAUAGUCACUGUCACAUGGAAGAUGGCGUGUACAAGAGCAGGAGAGAGCCGGACUACCAGUCAGUGCUCCAGCUGGCAAGCAAGCUGGCUGAAAACAACAUCCAGCCCAUCUUCCUGGUGCCCUCGAGGAUGGUGAAAACAUAUGAGAGAAUUGCCAUGCUCAUCCCUAAGCUGACCAUUGGGGAACUGUGGGACGACUCCAGCAAUGUGGCACAGCUCAUCAAGGAUACCUACAGCAAACUCUCCUCCAGCAUCUUCCUGGACCACACCACCAUCCCCAACACCCUGAAAGUCACCUACGACUCCUUCUGCAGUAACCGAGCAUCAAGUACAGGCAAAUCCAGAGGGGACUGUGGCGAUGUGCAGAUCAACGACACGGUCACCUUCCAGGUUAACGUCACAGCCUCAGAGUGCAUCCGGGAGCAGUCCUUUAUUAUCCAGGCCCUGGGUUUCCCCGACACAGUGACCGUGCGAGUCCUUCCCCAGUGUGAGUGCCAGUGCCAGGACCAGAGUCAGGAGCACAGACUCUGUGGAAGCAGGGGUGCCAUGGAGUGUGGCAUCUGCAGGUGCAACUCCAACUACACCGGGAAAAGCUGUGAGUGCCAGACACACGGCCAGAGCAGCCAGGAACUGGAAAGACGCUGCCGGAAGUACAACGGCUCCACGGUGUGCUCCGGACUGGGAGACUGCAUCUGUGGGCACUGUGUGUGCCACGCCGGUGACCUCCCAAACAAUGUGAUCUAUGGACGAUACUGCGAGUGUGACAACUAUAACUGUGAGCGACAUGAUGGUCAAGUCUGCGGUGGUCCACAGAGGGGCUCCUGCUUCUGCGGCCAGUGCAGCUGCAAGGCAGGCUUUGAGGGCUCAGCCUGCCAGUGCCGGAGGUCCACCGAGGGCUGUCUGAACAACAAUUUGGUGGAGUGCAGUGGCCAUGGCCGAUGCCACUGCAACAGGUGUACAUGUGACCCAGGCUACCUUCCGCCACUGUGUGAGCAUCUUCGCUAUAUCCCGCACUGCAGCCAGCACAUCUCUUGUGCCGAAUGCUUAAAACUCAGCGAUGGACUACGAUGCAUCAGUGAGUGUGGGAGUCUGACGAGUUCAGACACAUUCUUUAAGGGCAAGAACUGCAGUGAACAGGACUCAGAGGGCUGCUGGAUAACCUACACUCUGCAUUGGCGAGACUGGGGAAAACUCUCUUCCAUCUACAUAGAUGUGAGCCGAGUGUGCCCUACCACCAUUGCACUGAGUGUGGCCGUGGGUGUCCUGGGGGCUGCUGUCCUCCUGCUGAUCGUCUGGAUAAUCUUCCUGAAGGAAACCCAGAAGAUCAAACUCUCUAAAAAGGAUGGGGCUCGAGGCACACUAGAACCGAAAGAGGCUCAUUUUCAAGAACAGCACCAUGGGGAGUCACCAUGGUGGCAUCAGGAGAGACAGGGUACCUGAAGAAGAUAAGGUAUCAGGAUCAACCACACCUCCUCCACACUAUAACCAACCAUCGUACGGCUUACACUGCUCAGAAUCACCAGCACAAAAGCUGGUUCUGUUUCUUUCCAAGGUGACCUAGCUGCCAGAUCUUCAGUGGACUUCUCUCCAGGGAGAGCCUCGUCUCUGGCCCAUGUAGUCAUUCAUAAUGCUUUGAGAAAAAAAAAAUCCUAAAUCUUAAGAGGUCAGACACAUGCUUUCUGUGUGAAAAGUAAGAAACCAGUUCAAUUAAAUGUAGGGCUUAUUUACAUGUUAAACAUCUCUUUGGGAGUGUUGUUCCUGUGUAUGUACAUGUCAGGGGUGACAUUAGGUGUCUUCUUCAAUUGCCCACUGCCUUAUUUUUUGAGACAAAUUCUUUUCAUUGAACCUAUGAGUUCUAGGGACCCCCCCAUCCCCAGAACUGGUAUUACAGACACAAACUGCUUGUACACAACUUUUAUGCAGUUUCUGGCAGUACAGGUCACUAUGGGCAGGAAGGUCAUGAUAACCACAGCAUGAGGCAGCUGGUCACAUUGUGUCUGCC